AGGUUUUGGAAGCGAGAGGAAGUGGACGCCGGCCGCCAGCAUUGAGCAAACAUGAAUUCGUGACAAUAAAGAAAAAGAAAAAGACAAAGUGAAAAGAAAGUGAGAGAGUGAGAGAGAGAGAGAGAGAAAGAGAGAUAGAGAGAAAUAUAAAAGGAGAUAAAAGUUGAAAGAGAAAAAGAGAGAGAGAGAGAAAGAAAGAGAGAGAAAAAAAGACAAGGACUCGCUUUAAUUUAAUGUCUUUGCUUUCCCUCUCUCACUCUCUCUAACUCUCUUUCCAGUGCUCGCUUUAAUCUCUCUCUCUAAUUUACGUUGAUAAUGUGAAGUAAACGCCAGUGAGAGAUAGUGAAAAGAAAGAUAAUUAAAGACAGUGAAAGUAAGAAAGAAAGUAUAUUUUUAUUUUACAAAGAAACAAAAAUCAAAAAUCGUUUUCGAACCCAAGUGCUUCUGAAUCCCGUCAAUCAAAACAGCAACAACAAACAACAACAACAACAACAACAACAACAACAACAAACCAAGAAAGAGAAAGAGAGAGAAAAAAUAAAUAAAUAAACUGAAAUAAAACAAUUUUCUGACAAUUUCACGAAAAAAUUCCACGCGAGUGACUUCAACUUUCAACGCUCCCACGCCCUCCCACGCCUUCCUACGCCCACCCCGCGCCCACACCAGGUAGAAUGGAGACCCUCACGCCCACUCCUCCUGCAGUCAACGCAGAGGCAGCCACAGCGGACGCCCUACACCAGGAAAGAAUGGAAUAUAUUAGAGAAUUGGUGCAAGAGAGAGAGAGUCUGGCAAGUGCAGCGGGAUGUGAUGUAGCAAGAAGGUUGAUCGAACAAGAGUUAGAGCGAGUGCAGAGCGGCAGACGGAGCGAGGAGAAGAGAGCGGUGGAAGUCACGAAAGAGAAGAGCAUUAAAGUGACGGUGAAGGUGCUGGUCCCUGUGAGAGAGCAUCCCAAGUUCAACUUCGUGGGGAAACUGCUUGGACCAAAGGGAAACUCUCUGAAAAGACUGCAAGAGGAAACAAUGACAAAGAUGGCAAUUCUAGGCAAAGGGUCAUUUAGAGACAAGGCCAAAGAGGAGGAGCUCAGGCGAAACCCAGACCCGAAAUACGGACACCUUCAGGAGGAUCUUCACGUUGAGGUGACUGCCACGCCCCCCGCUGAAGCCUACGCCCGCAUCGCCUACGCCCUCACGGAAAUAAGACGUUACCUUGUCCCGGACCACAACGAUGAGAUUAGACAGGAACAGAUGAGGGAGAUGCAAGUUCUUAGUGGGAGAACUGGACUUGGGGAGGUGGGGGCUGACGGUCACACAGAAUCUAGUGGCUCUCUCUCCCCUCCCUCCUCCCUCUCCCCGCCCCCACCAGGCCCUGUCAAGCUCCCCAACGCCCACCAGCUGGUUGCCCACGCCCACGCCGCGCAGGUCCCCUCCCUCAUGACCCACCCGGCCAUGAGGGGACUCACGCGCACACAAAUGGGUCUACUAAGUGCUGUUCCCAGUCUGCCAGCCCCAGGAGUGCCCGGCGCCCUUAUGAACCGGUUUCCCACAAUCCUGCCGCUAGGGUCCGUCACUCCUCUCCCGCCACACGCCAGAAGCCUGCCAGUGUAUGAGGAGUACAGUGACGUCACCACCAGCCUGCAGACGGAAUACGAUGCCGCUCUCGUCACAGACGCGGACAAAAAAGAUGGCGUCUUCAAAUCAGGGGCUCAGCUGGCAAGAGGAAAGUUUCGUCACGAGCCUUAUCGUCGUCUGCCUGUUAACGUGCCAUCUUAAUCACCUGUCCACCCACCUGUCUGUCUGUCUGUCUGUCUGUCUGUCUGUCUGUCUGUCUGUCUGUCUGUCUGUCUCGGAAAGAUCAGCUGAUUUUUUUGUUGCAUAAAUUAAAGGUUUGUGUGUGUGUGUGUGUGUGUGUGUGUGUGUGUGUGUGUGUGUGUGUGUGUGUGUGUGUCUAGCGAUUUUUUUUUAUUGGUUUGUUUGUUUGUUUGUUUGUUUGUUUUCUAUCUGUCUAUUUUUUUCUGUCUAUCUGUUAUUAUUAUUAUUAUUAUUAUUAUUAUUAUUAUUAUUAUUAUUAUUAUUAUUAUUAUUAUUUCUGUCUGUCUGUCUGUCUGUCUGUGUGUGUUUGUUUGUUUGUUUGUUUGUUUGUUUUCUGUCGUUUUUUAGUUUUUCGUCAAAUUUUUGUUGUUCUCUCUCUCUCUCUCUCUCUCUCUCUCUCUCUCUCUCUCUCUCUCUCUCUCUCUCUCUCUCUCUCUCUCUCUCUCUCUCUCU